CAGACUUCAGUUUGACAUUUAUCAAACUGAUCGGCUUGAGUAGUGAAAAAUAAUAAUACCGACAAUCUGGAGUUGUGAUUGUGAAACUUUAUUUUUAUGUGAACGUACCUGAAGUAGUGUAAUUGUUCAAAAAUAAUAUUGUCUGUGUAAUUCAUAAAUAAUUAUAACAUGUUUAAAAUAAGCGAAGUUAAAUGCUAUUUGUGAACAAAUCCCAUUUUUAAGGUAACUCAAAUGGUUAUACAAGAUGGCCUCUACUGAAACCGCUAUUCCAUCUGAGAUAGAAGAAACCAAAAUUGACAACGAUUGCACAACUAAUGAUCUGUCAGUAUUGAACUCAAAAUCUGCAAUUAGUUUCAACUCACUGAACGAUGCUGCGGAUAGCCAAGAAGGUGACAGCAAAAGAAACUUUGACGAUGAAGUUAAAGUCAAGAAAAAGGUCAACAUUUACACAGAAGAACCGGAUGAAACGACCGCUUUAAGGAAAGGCUCGGAGGCAUCCGACUCUUUGGCAGAGAAAUCCAUAACCAGCAAUGGUUUGGAAAAAAAUGCCUGA